UCAUGCUAGAGGAAAUCUGGCACCCAAAAAGUUCUCCUUAAAUAACGGAUCUAUAAUGCAUUAGUAUCCUAAAUAAUUUAAUAACUAUCCCUUACAGUUUCUAAAAGCCUAUAAGUUGUAGCUAAAAGAAAGAUUUCCUUUUAUAAAUCUAGACCGUGAAUAGAUUAAUUGCACGUUCUUUAAUGUUUUUAUUUUGAAUGUUGUCACCGGAAGUCUUGACUCCGGUUUGCCAAACUAAACUAGAUUAGCCUCACGCAUGCGCGCCACGUUAAUCUAUAGAAAACCAUCACAACGCUCGGUGGGCAUCUUGCGCUGGCCUGGUGUUCUGCAAAUUAUCAUCGGCUGAUUAACGACAGCACCAGCAAAUUUCGGUCUCCGCACUAAAGGUAAGUGAUCGCAUCCUCGCCAUGGCAUCCAGCGGAUUUCUGCAGGCAGCGGUGCUCCUCCUGGCGGUCCAGCUCCUCUGUGUCGGUGCAGCUGAGGCGGAUCAGGAGACCGGGACUGUCAUUCCUGCCGAAAGUCGCCCAUGUGUAGACUGUCACGCAUUUGAGUUCAUGCAGAGGGCACUGCAAGAUCUAAAGAAGACAGCUUUCAACCUUGAUGCCAGGACAGAGACGCUGGUGCUGAGGGUGGAGAGGAGGGCUCUGUGCGACUGUAUGCCCACCAACUCACUGCGCUGAGCUCUGCACUCUGUAACUGAGGACAGUUCCACCUGUCGUUACACUGAAAACAACACUUUCCAAACCUCUGCUCAUGUACAGCAACUCUCAAUAGGCACUUUACUUUCUUUUCUGUCAUAUCACCGUUGCGUGAAGCUUUGAUUUCAAAUCACGCAUCAUAAGGUACUUUAUUGUUUUGCCUUAUUCAACGAUUUUUAUACCACUGAUGUGAACUUAGUGUGUCCUCAUCAUCACAGGAUUUGGGUUAGUUCUCAUCUGUCUCCUAUGAAGCAUAAACUUUAUUUUGUACUUUUUAGUAUUUGACUGUAUAAUGUAGAUACAAGAGAAAGCAUCAGUAAAUUUGCUUUUUUGAAUAUGUUGUAUGAAGUUAAUAUUCACUACAACCAUACACUUCAAACUGUAGCAGCACGUGGGAUUUAUUUAACUGCUCAAAAUAUAACAGUUUUAAUAAGUUCUUUUAAUUAUCCUUAUGAAUCAGCAAAAUUUCACUGAUUAAAAUUAACUCAUUUGCAGCUCUUCUGAAAAAAGUUUGGGUAACUUAUUAAAGAAGUUAUUUUAUUUGUAACUACCAUUAGGUUUUUUCUGUGUGUGUCUGGGGGUAAAGAAAUGUCCAACAGAAAAAAAAAAAUGAAAUUUUACAGAUAAUAUUUUCAGGGUUUUUUAAAGGCAGAAAAAGCAUACUUGUCAGUCUUGACUUAGCACAGCACUGUAGCAUGAAUAUACAGCACUUUCUGUUAACCUACUGUUCAUAUAGAUUGUAUGUAUAGAUUAUGUAUAUGUACAUGUAAUGCAGGUGUUUACAGACUUUGUCUUCUCUGUCUGACAAAGGUGUAUGCACGAGUAGUGAUAAAAGAUAUAGUAUCAAAUGAACUGGAAGAUGAAUAGAGGAAUGCAAGCUGCAGCAAGAGGCAGGUAGAAACAGUUGUCUUAUUGUUGCUUGUUCUAGAACAGUGUACAUUUAUUGUCUUCAUGUUGUACCUAUCAAUAAAAUCAGUGAAUGAUCUGAGUGCUUUUAUUUAUGUCUUUUUUCUCAUGGGAUGGUAAUCUGUAAAAGAAGCACUGUGUAGGUCUGGACAGCGAUUUGUUGUGGUCACGGUCCAGGUGUAGGUGAAGCAUGCGGCUCAGUUUGUCUGUUGUCUUUUGAUUCAUCAGUGAAUUGUUUGGUUCAUACAAUGUAAAAAACAGU